AUGGCCUUCAAUAACCUAUUGUCAUUUGUCGGUGACAUCCCGGACAUCAAUGUCAACAACAAUAAUCCCUUCUGGCAGGCACUAAACCGAGCACCAAAGCUGACGAUGGUGGAAUUGCGCCGUUUAUGGCCGCUCAAUUCAAUUCCCUAUCCCCAAAUCACCACACUCACCAUCGGUUUCGUCGGUGUCAAUGAGGUUGUUGGCCUCCUCCAAGUGCUAGAAGCUUCCAUAAAUCUCCGUUCUCUGGAAUUGGGAUUUGUCGUCCGAGUCCCGAACCCUACUCCCCACAUUAUAGUACCUCCUUACGCACACUAA